AUGGACUCCCGACAGCGCACACAAUCGCCCAUUGUGACGGGCACUUCAGUCAUUGCGCUUAAAUACAAAGAUGGUGUGAUGAUGGCGGCGGAUACAUUAGGAUCUUAUGGUUCGUUGGCGCGUUUUACGGACCAGCGCCGGCUUACGGCCGUGCACAACACGACGCUAUUGGGUGCAGGUGGCGAUUUUAGUGAUUUUCAAUUUAUCAAAGACAAGCUGGACGAGCUAGAGGUGUACGAUUUUAAUCAGGAUGAUAAGUGUGAUACAACGGCUCCCGAAAUUUACCAUUACCUGCAGCGUUUGUUUUAUCACCGCCGCAAUAAAUUUGAUCCUCUUUGGAAUACAGUUGUGGUGGGCGGUCUCAACCCAGAAACGGGCAAGCCAUUUUUAGGCCAAGUCACGAUGAUUGGGCUUGCAUUUGAAGGUGACUACAUUGCUACGGGCUUCGGCCACCAUCUUGGCAUGCCUCUGUUGCGCAAGCUCUGGCGGCCCGAUAUGGAGGAGGCAGACGCGCGCCAGCUGCUUGAAGACUGUAUGCGCAUUUGUUUCUAUCGCGACUGCCGCACAAUUAAUCGAGUGCAGUUUGCCAAGGUUGCUGCUGAGGGCGUCAUGAUCCCAGAGCCCGUCAAAAUUGACACUAAAUGGAACUACGCUCAAUUUGUUAAAACAAAGUCGGAAGUUGGUUCUUCGUGGUAA